UUUCAGCUUAACUGAGGCUACAGAAAAACUGUUUGCCUACUGGCGCCACUAGAUGGCAGCAAAUACCGCGAAGACGGAAGAGAGCGAUCCUUUGAAGAGGACAGCAUUGAGCCUUUUUAAAUGACAUAAUCCAGUUGUUUCUUUUUUUUCCCCUCCUUUUUUAUGUUUUUAUCACCGAUAACUGUCACUAGAUGAUGUUUUAUCUUUAUACAGUAGGAGUAGUGACUUUCAUUUUUAUCUUUCUGAUUUUCAAACAGAUGCUAGAUAAUAAAGCAAAUGUUUGAAAAAACAAAAGUUUGCUUUGAUUUAUUUCAUCCUAAAUAUUUUUUUUCUUUUUACCAGUGUGGUUGUAGAACUGCGAGUGUGGCCAUCUGGUAUGCUGCGCUCAUGUUUCUGCUGACGCUGCACACUGUUCAGUUACACAUGCAGUUGUAACUACCAGCAGUGUGUGAGGACUCACUGCAUUAUGCAGCAUUCAGAAAGAUUUUCUUUAAGAACUACAUUGCACCCUUCUUUGGUUUUCAAGCUGCUAAAUGGCAGCUUUACACUCUAGUGUGGUGGUAGCUUCUAUAAGAGGAAACACUGCAUUCGGGUGUAUUCCCCCGACACUGCAACAGAGAACAUGGGAAGUGCUGCUUUCACUGCAUGCAAACUCAUCUCUCUGAGAAUUAAUAGCUGGAAAAUAGGUAAAAUUAUUCAGAUAUUCUCAAAACAAAAUAUGUCAUUUAGUCUAUUUUUUCCAUGAAUUAAAAAUGCUCACAAAAUAAGACUUUACAGUUCACUGAAGUAGUUGGAUAUUGUCUCUUUGUUAUAUCCAUUUUUUUUUUCUUCGGGCUGGGCCACCGUCUCCUUUAAUCUGCAGCCUGUGUGCUUCAUCACUAUUGGGAUUGCCCCUGGAUUGCACCAGUAGAUGCGAAGGAUGGAUGCAGUUUUUCAUUAUCACCAGCAGAGGGACGCCUGCUGAGCUUGUACAAUGCAGUCACAAAGGAGUCAGAGCUCUUCAGCAUCUUUGCAUCGCAGCCAUGGCCACCGCGGAAUCAGUGUUUCCAGACCAAAGUGACUUUCACUAUGAUUAUGAGACACUGAGGACUACAGGGGUCAUCCUUGCUGUCGUUAUGUUUGUCUCUGGCAUUUUAAUAGCCCUGAGCAAAAAAUUCACAAAAUGCUUUAAAUCCUCAUCCAACUCCAGCACGUCUGGUACCCAAAUACCAAAAACAGAAGUUCCUCCUCCAGCUGUAUAGAAAAUGUAGCACAUGCCUACAAAGGAAGAGUGCCGUCACAGGACCCCUGCUGACAAACGCAUUGUUUUCUUAUAAUGUCUUUUUGGCAAAAAUAUAGAAUAUAUCUGACGAUUGUCAAUAAACCGGGUCAUCCAACGCAUCUUAAUUUGAUCCCUAUACUUAUGAUUACUUUAGGUAAAAUUCUUCUCAUAAAAAUGAUUCCGUCCACAAGAGUCUGCUUAACAGAACACAUGAAGCAAAUGUGAUUUGUCUUAAAUAUAUUUUAUUUGUGUUGAGCAAUAAAAUUGGCAGCAUGAUUACAAAUCA